AGUCCAAACAAUCUUUGUUGGUAAUAGCAGUUGUAAUAUUAGUAGAAUUCAUAUUGUCAUCAUUAGUGGAUACACGAUCAACUUUAUUAGUAGUUAAAGAUAUUAAUGCUUAUGUUUUGUUUUUGAGAAAAUUAUUUUACAAUUCUGUUCCAAUACAAAAAUUUUUGUUUAAUAUUAUAAUUGUAUAUUAAAAUUUUUAUUUUUUUUUAAUUUAAAUUAUUUUUAAGAAUCUGAAAACGCGAAAUUUUUUUUCUUUUACAUCAAGUAUAAGUAAAAGCAGUUAUCAUAUUGAAUAUUUCCUAAUCGAUAGCCUGCAAACGUCGAUUGCAGCGCUUAGUGUGGAACAAGUGGCAGUACGAUAUUGUCGUCAUUGCUCGUCACUGAUCGUCAUUACUCGUCAUAUUAUUCGUAAUACCACUUAACAAAAUGUGUUAUUACAUUACUGUGUGUAAUGUAUCUUUUCAGACGAGUGGUGCUCGUGUUUAAAACAGAGAUUGAUAAUGAUGUGGCGCGGUUUAGCCGAGCCAACGGAAGAGGAUAGACGUAUAUACGGAUGAAGCACAAGAAAGGUAACUUGGACGAGGAGGAGGCGGAAGAAGAAGAAGGAGAGGAAGAAGGAGAAAAAGAAGAUAACGAAAGAAAAGAAUACAGACGAAACAAGAAAAAAAGAAAAAGAAGAGGAGAAAAUUCACGUAGAAAAAUAGAAAAUUGUAUCUAUAACCAAUCUAUCGGCGUGGUCAUCAUCGAUAUAUUUGAUGCCAAGUGAAAAAAGAUUUGAAGACGACUCAACACUGGCGGACGGGGAACGUAAUGGAAGCACCGUGGUUACGGGCCCGGUGCUAUCGUCGUCGUCGUCGUGCACGGUGCCCUACAUCGGCACCGACCAGGGUUUCGUGUUCGAAGGUGGCGGCACGACGUUGCAGCGGGCUGGUGCAACUAGUACAUCGGUCGCUAGUUGCACCGGUAGCGGAGGAGGAAUCCUUGGAGGAAUCGGUAUCGGGCCAAACGUAAUAAUAGGAUCAGGGAUUAAUAUGGGGGGAAAUGUGACAUUAGGAGGAGUUGCCGUUGUCGGUGGAGUGAAAAGUGGAGGAGGAGGCAGUGGAAUAAAUAAGGAAGUUCGAUAUGCUCCGUUCUCAUCGUCCGUAGGAUUGACCAGUUCCGUAGCACCAGUGAACCUGACGCCGCCGCCUCUACCACCGCCUCCGCCACCGCCGCCGCUGCCGCCGCCGCCACCGCCGCCGCCCCUGCCGCUGCAGAUGCAGCAGCAGCGUGCCUAUUCGAGGUCGAUGACGUCCCUACCGCCUGAGCCGUUUAUGAUUAUGAGGUCGAAGGCUCUUAACCGACGAGUCUCGAUCAACGUCGGUGGUGUUAAACACGAAGUUCUAUGGCGUACUCUUGAAAGGCUACCCCAUACACGUUUAGGCCGUUUGAAGGAUUGUAACACGCACGAGGCAAUUACUGAACUAUGCGAUGAUUAUUCUCUUAUCGACAACGAGUAUUUCUUUGAUCGACAUCCGAAAUCUUUUAGUUCAAUUUUGAAUUUCUAUCGUACUGGAAAACUACAUCUUGUUGACGAGAUGUGCGUAUUGGCGUUUAGUGAUGAUCUCGAAUAUUGGGGUGUCGAUGAGUUAUAUCUUGAAAGUUGUUGCCAACAUAAAUAUCAUCAGAGAAAAGAACAUGUACAUGAGGAGAUGCGCAAAGAGGCAGAAUCGCUUAGACAAAGAGAAGAAGAAGAAUUCGGCGAAGGACAAUGUGCACAAUAUCAGAAAUGGCUAUGGGAUCUGUUGGAGAAACCAACUACAUCCAUCGCUGCAAGGGUGAUAGCUGUGAUAUCAAUACUCUUUAUUGUGCUUUCGACGAUUGCGCUAACUCUCAACACCAUUCCUAGUAUGCAAGUAAAUGAUGAAAAGGGAAAUUUUCAAGAUAAUCCGCAACUCGCUAUGGUGGAAGCUGUAUGCAUCACAUGGUUUACACUCGAGUACUUGCUUAGGUUCAGUGCUUCACCGGACAAAUGGAAGUUCUUCAAAGGCGGUCUAAAUGUGAUCGAUUUAUUGGCAAUAUUGCCAUAUUACGUAUCUCUGUUCCUGGUCGAGACGAACAAGAACGCGACCGACCAGUUCCAGGACGUGCGCAGGGUAGUGCAAAUCUUUCGUAUAAUGCGGAUCCUGAGGAUCCUGAAGCUGGCCCGCCACUCGACCGGGCUGCAGAGCCUUGGCUUCACCUUGCGUAACUCGUACAAGGAGCUGGGCCUGCUAAUGCUCUUCCUGGCGAUGGGCGUCCUUAUAUUCUCGAGUCUCGCCUACUUCGCUGAGAAGGAGGAACCCGGGACCAAAUUCAUAAGCAUUCCAGAAACCUUUUGGUGGGCGGGCAUCACGAUGACCACCGUCGGAUACGGCGACAUCUACCCCACGACCCCGCUCGGCAAGGUGAUCGGCAGUGUGUGUUGUAUAUGUGGUGUCCUGGUAAUCGCGUUGCCCAUUCCCAUUAUCGUUAACAAUUUCGCCGAGUUCUACAAAAACCAGAUGAGACGAGAGAAAGCCCUUAAGAGGCGCGAGGCCCUUGAGAGGGCAAAGAGAGAAGGCAGCAUUGUAUCGUUCCAUCACAUCAAUCUGAGGGACGCUUUCGCCAAAAGCAUGGAUCUCAUCGAUGUCAUCGUCGAUACUGGUCACAAUAUGUCCGGCGUGGAUGGUAACAGCACCGAAGGAGAAUCUGCGUGCGGACGUGGACCUGCUCAAACCGGGCCUGGUUGUUAUCGUAACUAUGAGCAUUAUAGUCUUUCGCGACAUCGUCGUAGUGCCUCAUCUUGCUUCCCAAAUUUACCUAAUGAUAUGCCGACUACACCGGACAGCCCAAACCGUCGUCUGUUGGACUUUGCUCAAAGUAUACCUGGAACACAGACCGACGAUUAUUUUCACGACGAUGUACCGGCUCAUGUGAAUCAAGGCAAUACAACACCUAGCGAUGAAGAGAAAAAAGACAGCAGAAAAUUCGAGAAAAAUGAUGAAAUACCUAGCGAAUUCGAGUGUUGCUUUUGUACUACGAAGGAAUACAAAGAGUUCAGAGAUGCGGAAAAUAUAAUGCCACUGGCGACUAGCGACUUUCGCAAUCCCAUCUGUCAGGAAAUGAAGUCGAUGCGAUCCGGAGUUAUGUCAACAGAAUCAUCCAUGCAACAGCAGAAUUUCGCAACAGAGAUGAAGAUAUCCGCACUACAACCAAUGGAUAUUAUAAGUUAUGGAAAAAUAUACAACGAGCAAGGAAGCAUAGACAGUUCCGAUACAUAUGCCAGCUGUCAAACUCAUCCAUCUCAUUCGCAGGGUGAUUUGACUGAGGAAGCAGACAGUAAUCUCUAUGUGAAUCCCCUAGAAGCUGCAGAAAAAUGUGGAAAUAGAGUGAAGAAAUCUGCUUCCGGUGAAAUUGGACGUAAUGUCGAUGCGUCACCGAGUGUUGAAUCGUUAAAGGAUCUUCGUCCCUUUAAUGAGGGUAGCAAGAUUACCUUAAACGAUAUAGUACCCAAGCACAGAAAAAUUCGUAUUCAGGAGAGCAUAAGACCUCGUGCGCAAUUUAUCAGCGACCAGGAAAGCAUCGUGAUUCGUAAUAUCACGAAAAAGGAGACCACGGAGAACAAUUAUUAUGGAGGAUUACGAGGUGGCAAGCCAUUUACGACCAAUAACAGUCUAGCCUCGGCAACAAGAAUAAUAAAUCAUCAUUUAUUUGGCUCUAACAUUGGACCCAGACAUUACACGGGUCAUCGAAGGCAAAUUUCAGGAACGAACACUGAGAGCAAACUUUCCCUGUCCAUUGAUUCGAUAGAUAGCGAGGGUGUGCCUUUCAUAGAUAGGCACCGAGUAUCCAAGUCAAUUCUGAAGAAAUCUGAAAGCAGCAAUAAUUAUUAUAACAAUAUUGGAGAUUCAGAUACUGAGAAACUUAUUACGGAUAAUGCUUCGACCAUAAGUAUGUGCGAAAAUGAAACGAGCACCUGUGAUGUUUUCACCAAUAUAAACGGGACAAGGAUGAAACAAUCUGUUUCCCCAUUAAUGUCGAAGAUAAAUCAAAGCGAAGAAAAUAAUUGUGUUUCAAAGAUAAAGAGAUCAAUAUUCAACGAAGUUCUCGAAGAAGAGAAGCACACGCAAGAUGAAGUAAUAACAGAGAAUAAGAAUAAAGAGGAACGAAAGAAAUCGCGAGUAAAAAUGGAGGAAUUUUCGAAAGACAGUCAAACAAUGUUAAUAUGUUCAUUACGAGCUCAUAAAGCAAAAAAAUUAAACAUCGAGGAUAAACGAAAGAUCAAGAUGAAUAGCCAUAAUUGUAAAGGCACCGAUACAAAUUGUCUUCCUCAAGAACAUCAUUUCUCGUCAUAGCGUAUUAUUCUUUUAACAUAGCAUCUAUAUUGCGUAUAUAUAUAUAUAUAUAUAUAUAGAUACAUAACUCUCUGCGAUCAUACUUUAAUAUUUUUUAGAAAUUAAUUCCCGAAACACUUUACAAUCAUAUAUUAAUAUUUCUUUUUUUCUGUAAUCAUUUACAUUUCGGGUAUAAUGAUAUAUUGAUACAUCAAUUCGAUCUAUCAUGUAAAUAUAUAUAUAUAUAUAUAUAUGGGAAUAUACGAUAAUUUUUAAGAAGAAUGAUAUACGUUCGAUAAUAUUAAAAUAAAGAUUGAUUAAUGCACAAAAAACAUAUUUUCGAAAAAAAAAUGAAAAAAAAUUAUAAAGAAUGCAUACGCUUGAAAGAAUUACAAAAAUAAUGUUUAAAAAAAAAAUUGAGAUAUAAUAUUAAGAAAAAUAUAAUAGUACAUAAAAAUAAAAUAAUAAAAAUACAUAUAUAAAAUAAUAAAAAGUGUUAAAGAAUGUUAUCAAGUGUUAAUCAAAGUUUUAAAAAAACAGAUUCAAAAAUAAUAUAAAUAAUAAUAAUUCUAAUAAUAAUAAAAAUUAAUAAUAAUAAUAAUGAUAGCAAAUACAACAACAAAUUUUUAGGCAAUAUGCUUUUUCCUGUUCGCUGAAAAAAAAGAAUUUUAUGAGAUAUAUUCUAAUCUAAAUAAUCAUAUAAGUCUCUUAUUUUCUUCUUUCGCCUAAUUUCAUUAAAUUAGAACAGCUUUGCGUGUCACGCGAAUAUUAUAUGCAUUAAAUAACAUAAUGAAAAUAGACAAAAUAAUUGAGAAAUCUGUGGGUUUUUAAAAUGAAUUUUCGAAUAAAUUUUACUAAUAUAUUGUUCGAAAUUAUACAAGUGUUCGUUUGUCUGCUGAGUGUCUUAUGUACAAUUAGAUAUAAUAAUAUUGUUAUAAGGAGAUAUUAGACACGCGAAAUGACACAUGCCUCGUUGAAAUCAAAACAUAUAUAAGUACUUGAAAGGGGAAUGUAGAUUAUGAAAAAACUCGAUGAACUGCCCUUUUUAAAUUUCUAAUUCUUUUCAUUUUUGUUUUAUUUAAUUAAUUUUUUAAAAUACAAAUAAAUAAAAAUAAGAAUAAUACAAUUUAAACAAAUAAUAUUAUUCUUAUUUAUAUUUCAAAUAUUAAAAUAAAUUUUUAUUUAUUUAUUACUUAUUUAUAAUUUUAUUUAUUUAUUUUAUUUAUUUAUACUUAUUUAAAUAAAUUUUAAAUAAAUUAAUUUAAAACAUGUUAUAUUUAUAGACAUGUAUAAAUUCAUUACUAUAAAUUAAAAAUAUUUAUAAUAUAUUAUAAUAUAAUAUAUUAUAAAUUAAAUAUUUUUCAAGUUGUUCUAUUGAUUGUUGUAUACUAUAUUCUAGAAAACAGUAUAUAGUAGUAUAUAAAUGAAUUUAUUUUUAAAUUUUAUGAACUAAAAUUUUUUAAAUAAUAUAUAGAACAUAAAACUCUUAAUCUAUUAAAAAAAAAUAGAAUUACAAAAUUACUUCUUAUUAAUAUUUCUUAUUAGUAUUAUAUAGUUUAAAAUAAAUUAUAUAAUUUAAAUUUUAUAUAAUUAUAAAAAAUAUAAGUUCAAUAAUAUCAUGAAAAGUAAUAUGCAAAACAGAAUUAUUAGAAUCCUAAAAUAAUUAAUAAAUUAUUUACAUUAAAAUUGAUGUAAAAGUUUCUUUUUCAUUUAAUUUUAGAUACGAAACUUCACUUCUGAAGUGUUAUAUUUACCUAAUCAUCUUUUUCUAUAUUAUUUUAUAUAAGUAGCAAAUUCGCAAUGAAACUAAAAGCGCUUAUAUGCAUGAUCAUGAAUUUAGUUCGAUUAUUUUUAAAAGUGAAAAAAAGUGUACUUCUUGAAUGUUAUAGAUAUUAAAUUAAAAAAUGAUAAAACAUGUUAAUAUGCUCAUAUAGAAAAUAACCAAAACGCAAGUAUUGUCUAUAUUAUAUCCAAUGAAGUACCGAUGUCUACUAAUGGUAACGAUUAUGUUUUCCAUGAAACUUUUACACAACCGCGUUAAAUACGGCAAAAUAAUUGCUAAUUUAUUAUUUUCACCGAAAAAAAAAAAGAAAAAUGAUAUAUAAUAAAAAGAUUUAAUGCGCAAAUAUAAUUGCAAUACGUGCUCAAAAAAUUCGAUCAUCUCUUUUUUUCCUUAAAUGGUGAUCGUUUCUUUUUAUUUUAAUCGAAAGACACACAUAAAAGAUCUCUCUGUAAUUUAAAUUUUUCUGUAAUUUGUCAAACAAAACGAAGAUGUUCUUUCCUACAUUUUUAAACAAGACGUCAAUAAAAUACAUAUCUCUAGUGGCAUUUCUAUUGUUAUCAUAGAUAUAGGAAAAUAUAUAUUAUAAUUGCAAAUUAAUGAAGAAAAAAAAGAUUAAUAUUCCCCAUAGAUGCAUCUAUUUAGGGAUUUUUGUUAUGCUAAUGGUUUAAAAUUCACGCCUCACGCCGAAUAUUUUUUAUUAUACUUUUAAUUAAUAUUAAAUGCAUUUCUCAAUAUAAAAGCUUUUUUUAAAAAAUAAUAUAAAUAAUUUUGAUUAUAAUUUUUUUAUAUCAAAUAUGAAUAUAUUUAUUAUUUAUUAGAAUAUCAUUAAUUUUAAAAAAUUUUUCAUUUUUCUAAAAGUUACCAAUAUCUUUUUCUAUAUUUGUUAUUCAAAGUUAUAUCUCUAGUUAUAAUUGUUUAGAAUUUUUGACUAAAUCGAUGUCUUCUGUGAAUUAAUAUAGUCGGAAGUAGAAAGUUCCUAGAAAGAUAUAUGGAAAAAUGAUUUAUUAUUUAUUAUUCAAACUGUCUUAAAAAAAUUAGUGAUGACAUAGUACAAAAAAAGCUAUAUCAUAGAAAAGCAUCAAAUAAAUUUUAAAUUACUAAUAUUUAAGAUAGUAUUAAAAAAAACUUAAAUCACUGCGCAAUAAAUUUUGAGUAUACAUAUAUAACAAUAUAAAAAAAGACAUUUUUUUCAUUAAUUUCAUGUUUCAAAUAUUUCAUAUUAAUCUUAAUUUAAUGGAAUAAGUCUGAUAAUCGAGGCGUAACGGUUUGAUAAUUGAUAUAAAACUGAACAAUGUAAAAUAACUUUUUACCCACUUUUUUAUCAAAUAAUCGAUAAGUUAUAUAAAAAUUCAAUUAAUACAAAAAUUUAAGAAUUUUUUUUAUAUCGAUAACAAUUUUCAUACGCCUUAAACAAUUCGACACAAAAAUGUUUAUUUGAUUAAAAAAAAAAUUAAAAAUAUUAAUUACACAAUAUACAUAUAAUUAUAUAAUGCAAUUCUCAAUUAUGCAAUGUAGUUAUAUAAAAAAUUUUUUAUUAUAAUAUUAAUCUAUUACAAGCAUAAGUUAUUCUAUUGUCCACAUAAAUUUUUUUUAUUUUCGAAUCUCUAAGGCUUAAAAUUGUAGUUAUAAUAUGUAAUAAAUGAAUAAAGUUGUAAUUUGCCAAUUUUGAUUCUUCA